AAACUUCGGAUCAUAUGACACGGGAGAAAAAUUGAAUUUAGUUGACAUUUUGUUAUUCCAGAGCGCAAAAUUCAAAAUUUCUUCCCGAAUAAGAUACUAAAUUAUGGCAUUAAAUUUAUAUCGUAAAAUCAACGAGACCAUAGCGAGAAAUUGUACAAGGUUCCUACAGAAUCAUGCCCAGAAACUGGCUCAGGUUAAUCUAGAAGACACCCCCCAGAUCCACAACAAAGAAUUGGAGAAACCCAAUAAUAAAUUCAACAAAUUCGCCAUUUCGUCUAACCACAGAACGACGCCAUCUGAAAAUCCAAGAUCGUGGGUUAACUGCUUCGAACCAGAGCGCAAUAUGUUGCAGAGAAGUCUGCAAAACCGUUAUUUACAGCCGGCUACUAUGCCUUCCUACAUAGAUAAGCCUAUAUUCGACAACAAUUUCAUGGCUACCCUUCAGGAAGGGCCCAUAAAGAAGGCCCAAACUAUUGUAACUAAUAAUUCUGCUAGUCAGCAAAUCUUGGAAAGCUUCAAAAAGCGACAAGCCCAAAAUCUGCCUACAAGAGUUCCAAAGAUGACGUCGAACCCCUUCCCAGAACCCCUGAAAGCCAUCUUCUCCCCCUACACCCUAACCGAUCAGGAGAAGGCCGAGCAGAUGUUCCAAGACCAACAAGCGAUCCAGGUCAAGCAGCCUACGAAUUCUACGACGAAGGACUUCUUGUCCAACCCCGGUACUAUAAAGCCCUCGAAAAAAUUCUACUGCACCUCUAGUCUCCAGGGAAAUUCGCCAGAUAACGUGAAUUUUUCGCCCUCGAUCGGAGAUCCCGUUAGAUAUUUUUCGUCCAAGUCGGGUGGAAACACAGUUUGCGAGGAUAAGACCAAGCCGAAGGCUAAAUCGUGCUUGCCUAAGAAAUGCGACAAGAUAACGUUGAAGGGGUGUCCGCCAGUAAGGAAGAACACGAUCUGUAAACAGAAGAACAAGGAAGUGCAUUGCAAAAAAGUGGAAGCGCCCUACCCGAGCUACAGCGAAAGCUGUUACAUGGAACCCAGAGUGAGAAAAACAGAAUGCGAUGUGUGUCCUUGGAAUGAGAAAAACAACCCCAAUUUCCGGGGAAAAUUGAAGAGACCUCCCCAAUCGUACCACACCCAAUGUUUCCCUUCGCCACCUUCGCCGAACUCAACAGAUGCGUCAGGGAGUAUUUUCGGAAAGUAUAUUAAGGACCAAAACGACCACAAAAACCCAGCCCAAGCGUGGAUAAGUAAAGCGAACUUGAGUCACAUGUACUGCAAGAGAAUGCCAACCAUGGACUUUAUCGACAUUUCCAAAGCUUCUAAACUAUCACAUUCUCCAUUAAUCGCAUCUCAAAAUAUGGAUAUCUUCGAGGAUAAAAGGAUUCGAGCUCCAAUGAGCACCGAAACGUUAAAAUUUGGAUACUGCGAUAGGCACCAGACAAUUUUGACGGAGUUUUUCACGAAAAACCAGGAUUUGCUGAAAAACUUCAGGAAUGGUGACGAUCUUUCUGAAUUCGGCGUCAAAAAGGCGAAGCUAUCUAAAAUACUGUCUAGCAGGGAAGUUUUCGACGUCGUCUGUAAGAAAGGUGAAAGGAUAAUUCCCGAUUAUCCCAAAGAUUGCGAUAGACCCUAUCAAGAUACAACUAAAACUUGCCCAUCGGGUCUCACCAGAAAGAAGACCAAGAAGGAUAGACUGAAAAGAAAAAUUCCUAAAAAUCAAUCUUGUAGCUAAGUUGUAAAAAGAUGUAAAAACGAAAUGCAACCAGAUACAAACAGGAAUAACAAAUAUAAGAAUGUCAACUGAA